AGUCGGCAGUUAUCGCCGGGCAGGGAAGAGGUGAAGAGGUGGAACAAUCGCUGAGGGAGGAACACCGACACGCCUCAGUGAUACACCUUCUUCCUCUUCCUCCAUUCUCAACCAUUCAUCAUAUAAAUAUUUUUUUACGAGAAAAAUUCGAACGCUAAGGAAAACGUCUCCCUUACUACUAUAAUCUGAAGGGAGCAGAGCGGUGCAUCAUACAACUGUUUUUGCUUCUCACAUGAUGUGAAAAAGACCACGUGGACCGUUGGGAAAAAGAAUGAAUGUGUCUCCGGUAUGGAGAAAGGUAUCAUAGACGUAAUGGAAGGUCACUGAACGCUUCCUUCCCUAGCAGGACUUCGAAAGUGAGAAAAUAAUGAUCUGACUGACGUAAAGACUAACUGCUGGCAAUCGGAGAGGACUGACGACGCUCCUACGAAAGCAGGAAAUUCAUUGGAAAAAAAUGCAGUAAUCUCAAUCAUUAUUUCCUAUUAUUAUUAUUAUUAUUAUUAUUAUUAUUAUUAUUAUUAUUAUUAUUAUUAUUAUUAUUCCAUAAAUAUGGGUAACACCUGUCACUUCAUGAGCACCCGAGUGUUGCUAGCGUUGUGUUGGUGCGUAAGCUGGGGCCUCCUGCUUUCUUAUGAAGAAAUCGGCCGCACAAGCAACACAAAACGCAACGUUGGCCCUGUUGACAAAAAUAUAAACUAUGACGGGUACGAGCAACACGAAGGAAGGAGUUCGUGGAAUCAGACUUUGGAAGACUACAGCUACGAUGGUGUUUCUGUCGACUCAACUGAGUGCUUGUGUACUGGUGAUGGUGACUGCUCCAGCGGGGUGAACGGCAGCACCUACUCCGCGAGAGAUAUUCCUUCCUUCGAGAACAUCUCAGCAGCCAUUGACUAUGCAAACACUUACAUAUGUGAGGAGGGAGAAGGGCUCCGACGUGUGGCUCUGGAGACCGUCCAUGAGUUGGACUUCUUGAUCGAAUGUUUCCUCUGCAACCAAAAAACUACUUUUGGCAGUUCCCACUUCAAGCACAACAUCAUGACAGCCGGAACAGUGCAAGUGAUGAAGGAGGGAAUGACACCAAGUGAAGUGCUAAUUGAACAUGAUGGUACGUGGAGCACAUGGGGUGAUGAGUUCGUGGACAAUAGUGUGCCCACACGUGUGGCUCUUCUUGAUCAGGACAGUGGCACCCCACUAGAUGAUUCUGUUGUCGUACCCAUUGGGACGUACGCCAUCUUCUUGGUUGGGAAUAACAAGCAGCUUUGUGAAGGAGAUACCUACUAUACCUGGGGCCUCAUGGCACUAUCAGCAGAAGGAGAGGAACCACUAGUAAAUCUUGUUGGUUAUGUUGUUUGUGAAAGACUGAAUGAUGGACUAUCUGCUAACACCACCCCUGUCACGACUGCCACUCCAACUAUAACCAGUUCAGAAACCUCAUCUGGUACCACACCCGAGUCCACUACAUCCUCCACAGACACCUCAACUGAUACCUCAACUGAGUCCACUACAUCUUCAACAGACACCUCAACUGAAGCCUCAACUGAGUCCACUAGUUCUACUUCCACAGCCACUUCAACUGUUACCUCAACUGAGUCCACUAGUUCUACUUCCGCAGACACUUCAACUGAUUCCCCAACUGAGUCCACUUCAACUUCCACAGACACCUCAACUGAUACCUCAACUGAGUCCACUUAUACUACCACAGACACCUCAUCUAAGUCCACUACAUCUUCCAUAGACAUCUCAACUGAUACCACAACUGGAACCACUAGUACCACAGACAUAACUACAACCUUUGAUACCAGAGACACCACAACUGAUGUAACUACUCCCAACACCACUUUCACUACCCCUACUGUUACAUCUACUCCCAACACCACUUCCACUACCCCCACCAUUACAUCUACUCCCUACACCACCACCACUACCACCACCACCACCACUACUACUACCUCUACUACCACCACCACUGUCAGCAGCAGACCUGAAGAAUGCUGUGUGCUUCAGAACUCUGGUAAUAAGUUGUGCCCAGGUACGGAAUUGAGGAGCAAUUGCUCAGAAGGCUACUCUGGCUAUAAAGUAAUUCAGUGCAUCGAAGGGAAGGUGGUUGUUGUCAAUGAUCUCUGCGUUGCUGACUGGAUUAAUGAUGUGGGUUCCAUGAUAGAGGCAGGCAAUGACUCAGUGGUGGACAUUGCGGAGAUUGUAAAAAAUGAGACAGAAACAGAAACUCCGAUCAACCAGGUAGAGCUCGUGAGCCUUGUAUCACUGGUCCACAACAUGACGUUCCUUCUGCAGAAGCAGAUUGAAGAAGCUGAAGGUAAUAAUUCUGUGAAACAAGAACUGGCCAACCAAUACACCCUUGAGCUGAUACAAAUAGAGGGAAAUCUUUUCAGUUACAAUGAUACCUGGGAGGGUCUUGAUGAGGCAAGUUCAGGAAUGCUGGGAAUAUCUCUUCUCCAUGACCUUGAAAAAACUGGCUUUAUUUUGGCUCAGUAUGUUGAGAAUGAGCAGAUGAACUACAUUGACCCCACUGUGAACAUGACUGUCAUCUCCAAGCCAAAGGAGUUGCUGGCUGGACAAGAACUCGUUGUACCUGGGGAAGUAAGUGACACCUUCAUCUACCUGCCAGUGAACUUUGAGAAACUCCUACCCCCUAAUGAGACUCAGGCCCGUUUGGUAGGAUAUUUCCUGGACCAGGGCGCUGCUUCUCGAGCCCUUCGUGUUGGUCUAAGCAAAUUACACAGUGAUGAUGAGCCUAAGGAAAUGAACAGCUUAGCAGUGAGCUUGACCCUCAACAACCUCAACACCUCUGUGGACUUCACACCCGUGAACAGCAGUGUCAUCAUUCGCCUCCAACAUGCCUACAGAGAGACUGGACCCUCCUACACUGAUCUUUACCGUGAUCGCCGAGAGAAUGAGGUGCCAAGCAGGAUACCAGGAAGAGCCAAGUGUGUCUACUGGGAUCCUGUCAACAGCUUCUGGGUGACCAACGGAUGUGGACUCAUCAACACGACCCGGCGAGAAACAUUCUGCAGCUGCUCUCAUUUGUCCAUGUUCUCAAUAAUCACUGAUGUUCACAAGUACAUGGGUCGGGAUCCUGCCCUGGACACUCUGAGCUCAGUACUCUUAUCCUUCUCUUGCCUCGGCCUCCUGCUCACUUUGUGCAUCCUCCAGUUCUGCAAGGGCGUGCCAGCAAACCCUCGGAUCUCCAUCACCAAGCAGCUGUCAGUCUCUCUCCUGCUCUCCCACUUCAUCAUUCUCCUCUUCCUGGACCCUGACUUCCUAAAAAUCAAGGAAGGAGGCUGUAAGGCAGUGGCAGUGAUGCUCCACUAUGUCCUUCUUGCCAGUAUUUUUUGGAUGCUGGCUGAGGGCCUAAAUCUCUUCCAGCAAGUCUGCUUUGUCUUAGAUUCAACCAAUUACAUGAUCGCAUAUUGGAUUAUAGGCUAUGGGAUACCAGUGGUGGUGGUACUGGUAACCACAGUGACUGCCCUUGGAACUCAGCAGUGGGCAGAUGAAUCCUAUGCUUCAGAAGACAGCGAGUACUGUUGGCUUGAUACAGAGAAAGGAUAUAUCUGGGCAUUCACUGGUCCUCUGGUGCUGGUUAUUGUGGUUAAUGUCAUCUUCAUGGCCGUAACACUGCAUAAAGCUCUCAAUGUCAGCAUCAACAAGGGCAAGACACUACCUCAAAAAUUCUUAUUGUUGACCAAAGCAAGUUUCUCCCUCAACUGUAUCCUAGGAGUGACAUGGGUGUUUGGUCUUCUUUAUGUCACUACCAACCAUUUCUUCGCCUAUGCCUUCACCAUUUUUAAUGCCUCCCAGGGAGUGAUGAUCUUUGUAAUCUACUGUAUGCUGGAUGAAAAUGUGAGGACUGCAUUUAUUGCUUCUCUUCCUGAAGUGGUCAAGCCAUGCCCCAAAAGAAAGAAGGCUGCAGAUAGUAGAGAAGCUGCAAACAGAAGGGACUCAAGAGCUGCAACAAAACCCUCGUUAGGCUUUGACAGGCCUGAAGCCUCAAGGCAAUACUGCCAUCAUGAUUGUUAUGACCGUGUAAGGUCCCUCUCGGACAUGGUAGAUCUUGAGAGAGGCAAACACCGAACCGCCUAUGCAACAAACUUAGGCUUCACACCUUUUACCAGGAGUAAUUGGGACAGAGCCUUGGAGGAGCUUACAGAGCAUCAAAACCAAAGGCGUCUUUCCCUCGCAGACCAGUUCAGCGUUGUGCACAGGAGUGAGGGCCCCCGAUCCCCCAGAAGAGUAUCCCUGGGAGACUUAAGGUGGGCCCCUCAUCAUCAUAACCAUUAUCAUCAUCAUCGCCAUCAUAAUCAUCCCUACCCUCUCUUCAACCACCGUCAUCCUCAGCAGGAGCAGUACCAUCAUCAACAGCAGUACCCUCAUCAUCAUAACCUUUGUCAUCAUCAUCAUCAGCAAUACCAUCAUCAUCCUAAUCCCUAUCCUCACCACAGGCUCCACCAUCUUCAGCAAUACCAUCAUCAUCAUUAUCAUAACCAUCAUCCUCAUCCCUACCUUCACCACAACCACCCUCUUCAUCGACAGCAGCAAUACCAUCAUCUUCAUCCUCAACAGUAUCAGCCUCAUCAUCAUUAUUAUUUCAUCGACGCCUGCUCCUUGGAGCUCCCACCAGGGGAUGGCCACGGCAGAAGAGUUUCCAACUUUCUCUAUCCAGACACUCCCUCCUUGCCUGCUCAAAGUUUCUCAAAGAUCUUUCCCCACUCUCCCUAACGUACUCCUGCACUCUAUCUCUCCAUUUCACUGGAGGUCAUCCUCUAGCAUUCCCUCUCUCUAUCUCACUCAAAUACACCCUUCUGGUCAUCUUACUCUCCUUCAUUCGCUCCAUGUGACCAAACCACUUUAAAGUCUGUCGCUUCACUUCUUCCACCACUCCACACUUCUUCCCUUCACCCCCGUGACACAUUCCAAAACGCUCAUACACACUUUCAUUAUUCAUUUCAUCCAUUCUACUCACACCACAAGCACUCCUCAAAUAACUAAUUUCCACUGCCUGUCACUCUAGACCUCUGACUUUCAUUCCAGGCCCACGUUUCACUUGCAUAUGUGAGGGUAGGAACAGCCCCCUCUCAGCACGGACAUACACCAGGCACUCUCCAUUUUCAUUCUUUCCAGGUAUCCCCCAUUUCAUCACACAUCCAUCACCCACUUUACCAUUCAUAUCUCCCAUCAUAAUAAGUUUCCUUUCUUUCUCAAAGCUCUUCAGACAUGUAUUCACUUCCUCCCAAAAAGCUUCCCUUUCUCACAGUCCUUUUUUACUUUUCACAUUUACUGGUGCAUAUAUACACACCCAAACAUACUUUACUAUACCUACUUUUCCUUUCACCCACACAAUUCUUGAUCCCUUCCAACCAUAAUCAGUCAUACCAUUCCACACUCUUUCAGACAUCACAAUAGCACAUCCUUACUCCUGCCUCUAUACUUCUCAUCCAUCCCCAUCCAUACAACCCCCCCAGGCACACCCUCUCAUGUACCCUCUUUACCAUCACUCACACCAGUUCCUCGAAUAUGGGUUUCACUCACUCCCAACACAGUAUCAGCAGCUGCCUUUAUCUUCUGCAAAGCUCACAGGAAGACACAAACCAGCUUCAUUACUGUUAACUGUAAGGUGUGUGUAACGAAGUAAGGACCAUGGACAUUAAUAAUUUCUGUGAUUACCAUAUAAGAUAUUACUGCAUCAGAAUCAUCAUAUUAAUUCUAAACCAAAGGCUCUGUAGAUUUUUUUAUGGGUAGGUCCGUAGCAUCUCGAUUCUCUUGAGGGAUAUAUGUUUUUGGCCCCAUCACAUGCUGCCAUGGAUAGAUAUUCUUUUUGUGAUACCUUUUUCACAACAUGGUUCAUGUCCACAUGCCCAACACUGUAGUUGAAGCACUAACACAUAUCUGGUGAAUGCUGUAACUCUAGUUGUGCAUUGAUGGUUUUCCAUUGUUGUUUUCCAAUUAUCCUGGUCUUCAAACUUGUAGUGCUAUCCUAAACUUUCCAAAACUAAAGACUUUAUCCUAAUCUUUCCAAGGCUAAAGAUAUUAUCCCAGUCUUUCCAGAGCUAAAGACAUUAUCCCAGUCUUUCCAAAACUAAAGAUGUGUUGCAAAUGUGUGUCUAUCUGUAUGUGCAUCAGUGUGCCUGUGUGAGGAUAUUUUGAACAAGGUGUUAAGCAGGGCCAGAAGAGAGGAGUGGGGAGGGGGGAGGGGGUGACUAGAAGCCAGUGUGUGCCAGUUGCAGCAUGUUUUGUGUCUAGAGAAGAGCGAGUGAGGGCUGCCCCACUCCCAGGGUGCCUUCAAGAGUCGGUUACGUCUGGCCGGGAACAUGAUUUAGACCGUGCUCCAUCUUGGUCUGUGUUGUGCCCUCAUGUUGUGGGCUGUCACCCGGUUAAGUGUCUGUGAGUGUUUUCCUGCCUGUUGUUAUUGCCUGUUAUUAUUGUGCUAUGCACUCUGUGUAAUCACUGUGUCAGUAAACUUUUUAACUGUU